AUGUUCGAUCCGGAGAAAACCAAUUAGACCGGCGGUUCAAGACGAGUUGCACAGUGAAGUCCACGCAUAUUCGCUUGGUGUUUCUCAUGAAAAUGAUCGGAGUCGGGAAGAUCAAGCAAUACUGCAACGUCCUCGACAAGUCUCUCAGCAAGGGCAAACAGGAGGUUAGCUUGAGUGCAUUUGCAUUCUUGUUUUCGGAGCUUGUUCAGUACAAUCAAACACAGGUUGAUAACAUUGCUGAAUUAGAAAGAAGGCUAGAGGAUGCAGGGUAUGCUGUUGGGGCUCGAGUUCUUGAACUUUUAUGUCAUAGGGAUAAGGGGAAUAGAAGGGAGACUCGAUUGUUGGGUAUUUUAUCUUUUGUACACAGCACUGUCUGGAAGGUGUUAUUUGGAAAGGUGGCUGACUCACUUGAGAAGGGCACUGAACAUGAUGACGAAUACAUGAUCAGUGAAAAGGAACUCCUCGUGAACAAGUUUAUUUCAAUUCCGAAAGACAUGGGGACAUUUAAUUGUGGGGCAUUUGUUGCUGGAAUAGUGAGGGGUGUUUUGGAUAGUGCAGGAUUUCCAGCAGUAGUAACAGCUCAUUUUGUACCUAUGGAGGGACAGCAAAGACCCCGGACAACUAUUUUGAUAAAGUUUGCUGAAGAGGUUUUGCGAAGAGAAGCGAGGUUAGGUUGAUUACUAUACCUGGGUUAACUUGAGUUCUCCAUGUUCAGCAAUACCGGGAAUGGAACGGUGAAUUUCUGCUGGUUUGUUGAUCUAACUAGGAUUUUACCUGCCAAUCACACUGACAAAUCUGAAUUCUUUUCUCUGAUUAAUGAUGGUUGUGCAUUGUUCUCUAUGGUACAGUGGUUACUGUACGAUAUCAAAGAUUAUGGCGAGUGCAGUUGAUGUAAAGUGAAAUGUCAUCCAUCAUUACCGUUAAGUUUUUUUUUUUGGCCACAAUUAUUACUGUUAAGUUUUGUGUUACUGGAUAAUUAUUGAGGUAAUAGAAUUUGAAGGAUUUAUUUCUUCAUCGUUGCCUACCUUUCCCAGAUCGGGCGACAUAGACAAAUCUAAUGCGCCAGUUGGAUUUCUAUUAUAAUAAAGAACAUUCCAACGGCACAGCAAAAUAUAUAGUUUCAGAGGGUCCUAUGAAUUAUGAAAUCUUUUUCCCCUCCCCCAAUUUCGCUUUAUAUGCUUAUUUUGCAAUAUAUAGGAACAUAUAUUAUUAAUUGUGAUGAUGAUCAAAGAAUCUUACCGUUUAUCUCUCCUAAUCAUGCUGAGUUUGCUUUUUCAAAGCUGCAAUU